GCCCUCCCAUUCACAGGUAUACUGCAGCUAUGACACAGACCCUCCCAUUCACAGGUAUACAGUGAAUACUUUAUUGUCAAAGGGACAACACAUAAUCUGGAUAUGCUAUGGAGACAAUACGCCUCAGUCUUUUCGUGAUGCUGUGUUUGGGAAUCCACAGGUCAUCUUCAGAUAUUUUGCACCGACAAAAGAGAAACUGGAUUAUUGAUUCCUUCAGAGUUGAUGAGGACUAUGAAGGACCUUUCCCAUAUUCACUGGGCAAAAUUGAAGUUGAGAAGAAACUCGUCCUUUUCGAGAUACAUGGUCAAGGUGUUGACAAAGAGCCCACAGGCAUAUUAAAAAUCAACAAUAGCACAGGGGAGAUUUUUGUGCAUGGCCCCGUGGACUAUGAGAAAUUCAAAGUUUUGAAGCUAAGGUUUCAUGCAUUAGAUAGAGAUAAACAUGUAAUAGACACGAAGCUUGGCAUUGAGAUACAAAUUAUCGACUCAAAUGACAACCCUCCAAAGUUUGACCUUGAAAGGUACACAGUCAUCCUUAAAGAGUCAACACCACAAGGCACUGAAAUUAUUACCAUUAUGGCAAGCGACUUUGACACUGGAAAAAAUGGAGUGUUUGAUUUCAAAAUAGUCUCAGUAACUCCUAAACCACAUGAGCUGGAGUUCUUCUUAAACCAGAGAAGUAGUACUGGAAGUAUUUCAUUUAAAGGGUGUUUGGACCAUGAGAAAGCAGAUACAUACACCAUUGUAGUGGAGGCUAAAGACAGGGGAGAAAAAAAACAGCUCUCCAGCUCCUGCACCAUCAUAAUCAACAUAGAAGAUGGAAAUAAUCACCGUCCUAAGAUCACAGGGCAAACAGGUCCUGGGAGAGUGAAAGAAGGAGAGGAAAAUGUUCUUGUUUCACGUCUGCAAGUUACAGACGAAGAUAUCAAAGGUACAGGGGCCAGCAGAGCAAAAUAUCAAAUCCAAGGAGACACAAACAACAACUUCAUUAUCACUACUGAUCCUGAGACGAAUGAGGGACUACUGUAUGUGAAAAAGCCUCUAGACUAUGAAGACAGCCCUCAGAAGAACCUGAAUAUCAGUGUAGAGAAUGAGAUCGCCUACCACUCAUGCAAAGUGGUGAAUCGUCAUACCACUGGUCUUUGGCAAGUAGUCACUUACAGUGGUGGUCGAUCUACCUACCAAGUGACAGUGGCUGUGGAGGAUGUCAAUGAUCCUCCAAUAUUUGACAAUCCUAACCAACAAGUAACGGUGGUUGAGAAUGUUGAGGCUGGACAGUACCUGGCAGUAUUUACAGCUAGAGACCCUGACUUUGCUGCCGCAAACACAUUUUUAUUUCAGAAAGGAGAGGAUCCGGAAAAUUGGGUUACAGUGGACAGUGUGACUGGAAAGAUAACCACAACAAAGAUCAUAGACCGAGAGUCACUCCAUGUGAAAGACAAUAUCUAUAAGGUCACAGUAUAUGCUGUUGACAAUGGUAAACCCCCAAUGACAAGUACCGCAACUCUCAGCAUUCAUGUUAGAGAUGAAAAUGACAAUAAACCAUACCUGGUUGUAAGCACAUUUGACAUGUGCCAGUCUGAUGGACCCUCUCUGGCCAACAUCACAGCCUUUGACUUAGAUGAAGAGCCCUACGGUGGACCUUUUCGCUUCAUGCUUCUCGGAGAGCGGGGAAAGUGGAGGAUUGACCCUGAGGAAGGGUUUUCAGUCAACCUGGUAAAGGAGAACACAGUUCAUUCUGGACACUUUGAGCUGUUGCUGAAAGUGUCUGACCUUCAGGGCGUGAACACUGUCCACAACCUGUCCAUUACUGUGUGCAACUGCUUAGACACAGCGAGGCCAAACUGCCACUUCCGCAAAGCUACUGGCACUGCAUUAGGAGAAGGAACACUUGGGAUUAUCUUUUUCAGCAUACUACUGCUUGCAGGUAUGCUUCUUUUGGCUUUUCUGGUGUCAUGUAAGACACAGAGCAUAGCAAUCCCAGGAGAAGACUCGGGACAACAUCUGAUGAGCUGUAACAUUGAGAAUCCAGGAACUGACUGCAAAACUUUACAUUUUCAACAGGUGGCUUUUGGGCCAUUAAACCAAGUAUACAGUAAGAAUGGGGAACAAAUCCAAACAAUAUCUCAAUCUUCAGCAGUAACGGUGAAGAAAUCAUUUACCAACACAACAAACGCUGCAGGGCUUCAAGCCCAUUCAGAGCGUGUCAUAUCCAAAACUGGACAACAGCAAGGGAACCAUUUGCAUCAGUCAUUCACUAACACAACUGCAACAACUGCUGCAGUGCCGCAAGCCCAUUCAGAACAUGCCAUAUCCAAAACUGAACAACAGCAAAGGAACUAUUUGUAUCGGUUGAUAACUGACCCAGUAAGUGAAGCAUCACAAGCCUGCUCAGACAGCACCCCGUUCCGAAGAAAAAGUUUCAAGGAACAAGAGUUCACACGUGGGAACUCUCUGCGCUGGUCAUUUGCUAGCACAAUAACUUCUGCAGUUCCACAAGUCCAUUCAGAACACACCAUAUUCAAAAGUGAACAACAUCAAAGGAAAAACCUGCAUCAGUCCAAGGGUGCAUCAUCAGCCAUGAGAAAGACACAUCAGCACAGACACUCUAUGCGUGGGGGUUGGGUGGGAUACGGCACAUAUUCACCAGACCAGGAGUUUGGUGUAGUCCAACGUGGAAUUCUGUUCAAAGUACUAAAUACGAUGCUGUCCAAUCUGCAGGCACCAGGAAAGGAACUGGGUGAUUAUGACCCUCAUGUGUAUGCUGAAGAGGGAGACAUGCAGACCAAAUAUGAGCUUGAUGCCAUCUCCAUCCCUGAUGUCACCUUUGACUUGGAUCUAGACUUGAAUUUCAAGUUCAAUACUCUGGCCUCAGUCAGCAUGCCUGGUGAAAGCACUGCCUACAGUGCUGUGUAAUAGGAAAACAGCGACUCUGACUGAAGUGGAAAGCCAAAACACUAAAAUGAAAACACAUUAGUAAAACAUGUAUCAUUUUAUUUUUGAUCAAUCCAUCCUGAAGUGUAAUACUAUAUAUGGUACUUUUAGCAUAAUCUUUCAAGUGACUCACAACAAGUUUUGCUAGCUAUCUUACUGACAUCAGGGAAAAAUGAAAGACUGUGUGUGAAAGUGUGAAAAUUAAAACUUAAUUAACACCAGGCGCAUGUUACCACAGUUAGUGGAAACUAUUCAUAGUUCAUUAGCAAUGUUACAUAAACCCCACCCUAAGAUCUCUGCUCUGUCAUAGGUGUAAAACGGAAGAAGUCAGUGUUGCUUUUAUUUUGGUAAAAAAAAAAUUGUUGUAUGUUUUCGGUGAUUCUUUGUGCCAUUUUUGUCAUUUAAUUUCGCUAAUAGUCUGCCUCCUGAGAACGAGUGAGAGCCACCGCUUAGCUAUAGCCUCAGUGAGCUAACCCAGCAGCACAAAGAGGCCAGCAAUGGCAAAGAGAGGCAGCCAGGAAAAAACAGCAUGAAGAGCCAGACACACCCACACACAUACCUGCACAAAUAUAUCAUAAGCAAUUGUUGGGUUGACUGUGACCAGCUGAAAAACGUUGACAUAUUGCCCAACCCUAGUUGACAAGACAGGGGACUACAUUCUCUAGUGGUCACAAAGAGUAAAGAAUGCUUCCAUAGACAUAACUAUAUGAAUUUUGAUCAAAACUGCACUGAUUUCAUCUGUAAGAAACAACAAUAAGCACACAGAUUAAGAGAAAGGGACAACGUGUCUCAUAAUGCAAACUGAUAGGAAAACUGUCUGUCUGACACAUUUAUCUUCAGUUAAACCGGGUUCUCUUAGCCUCAAUUUACACAAAAAUCCAUGUCAUAUAACUCUCACAUACUCCUGACUAAUCCACAUAUCCAUUUAAUUCUUUGUUAACCCUUAUCUGGUUAAAAUAUUAAUGUGAUUACUGUGUUGAAAAUGUAGCGCAUGACAUGACAAACACAAAAAAGGACUAGGCAAGUUGAGUGUAGUCAUACAGCUACAGAGACCUUUUACACAAUCAUAAUGUACAGCAAUGACAGGGUGGGUGUUUUACUUUUCUUUGGAAUUAAGACUUAUUUUAGGGUUGUUUUUUUCAUGCACUAUUUUAUCCUUUGCUAUAAUUACACAAUAGACUACAAACUUGUCAUUCACUCACUGCGAGUCCAGGCUUUUCGAAAUGCUGACAAAUAUUUUAGAGUGCAAAAACUGAACUGUGUUAUUUCUGUGAAUGUGUGUCAUUAUGUAAAAUAAAACUCCAAGGAGGUAUGACAAUUACUGUUGGACCUGAUGAGCCAUACAUCCAUGGUGAUUUCAGUUAACCAUUGUAAGCUUGUCAAGCCGGUUUUGUGUUUCUUGAUUAGUCUGUUGAUAAAGAAAAGGAAUGUGUAUUUGUGUGUCCUGUGGGUGUGUCUGUGUACAUGAGCCUCUGUUUGAGUACAUAUCCACAUGUAUCCACAUGAAAUAAAUAAAGAAUUGUAUCUUCUACAUA